AUGCAGCAUGUGCUGUGUACUGGCAAUCUCUGUACUCGAGAAACUUUUGAUUAUCUCAAAUCACUGGCCUCCGAUAUUCACGUCGCUCGCGGUGAUUUCGACGAUGUCUUGGCGAACUAUCCGGACACAAAAGUUGUAACAGUUGGCCAGUUCAGGAUUGGUUUAUGCCAUGGGCACCAAGUCGUUCCCUGGGGCGAUCAGAAGAGGUUGGAAUUGCUGGCUCGACAAAUGGACGUGGAUGUAUUAAUAACGGGACACACGCAUGUGUGUCAAACCUUUGAACACGAAGGCCGAUUUUACGUAAAUCCUGGCUCCGCAACUGGAGCUUUUUCACCUAUACAAAAGUAA